AUGCUCGACGAAAACCUUCCCACAUUCAUUUUCCGGCCUAUGCCAGACCACCCCUCGAGUUCCGUCGUCUACUUCACGCGCAGCGGUUCCGACCCCGCCCCCGAAUACGUGCUACGCAUCGCCGACCCUGUGUCAAAGCCUGCCUGUCGUGGCGUCUAUGCAGCGGCCCUCACCGAUCCUUACAACAGCAGCGAUGUUGUCUACGGUGAAGCGGCCGUGACACCCGAGUGGCAGCAGCCUACGCUGUCUGCGGCUGAGGUGCGGGAACACCGGGAACGCGGCACCGAGGCUGCUGGCCAAACGCCGAAAAUCCCCGACUCGUUUGCGGUUCAGCUCUACAAUCCGGACCAGUCCGUGGUCGUGCGGUAUACGCCAAGAAGCUGGAACCGCACCGAGUCGUGGGAGUUUGAGAUCCCCAUCGAGUCGUUCCGCGCGCCCAGCGCGAGCCGGCUCGACCGGCAACAGAUGCUUCCCGAAUCCACGGCAGCGUCGUCGGCAGCUGCGGGUGACGCUGUCGUCAAUGUAACGCCCAAGAACGCGUUCCGCUGGAAGCGGGACGGCCGUUUGGGCAACAAGGACAUGACGUGCUACAUGACGGGUCAGACGGUGGGGCUGCAGCGCAGCAAGGAGCCCGACAUCACGGUGGCCUUGUUCAAGCACGCGCGCGACCCUGCGGUGACCAUUUACGAGCCGAACCUGCAGCGGGUGGAAGUGCAGGAUCGCAAGGGCCUGGAUCUGGUGCUGCUCCUGAGCGCACAGGUGAUCCGUGACUUGUACCUAGUGCCACGGUCGGACCCGUUCAACUUGGAGGGUGGUGCUGCAGCGACUGGCGGUGGUCGGCGAAAGAAUUCCCGCCCGGCUGGUGCGACACUACCCAUACCUGCGCCUGGAUCUGCAGGCAACAUAUCACCAAGCGGCCAUGGCGCCGGUUCGCGGCCACAGGCCACUCACGACGGACCGGCCGUGAUGACAUCCGCCAUAGCGAGCGGGCCAGGAGGGCCGGUUGGCGGUGGUGGCGGCGGCAGUGUUGCUGGCUCUGCGCCCUCAGCUGCCGCGAUUGAUGCGGAGACCAAGCGCCUGCAGGCGAUGCUGGAGCGCGAGGAAAAAGAGCGCGCCAAGCGGGAGCGCGAGGAGGAGAGGCGCAUCAAGAAGAUGCUCGAAGCCGAGGAGAAGGAGCAGCGGCUGCGCGAGGCCGAGAUCGCCAAAGAAACCGAGCGGCUGCGAAGGAAGUAUGGCACCGAGGGCCAGGAACUGCCUUCAGCCGUGCCACCGCCACCCGGCCCGCCCAGUGCAUCGCGGCCUGUCCCUCCACCGCCGCCGCCCCCGGCCUCUUCGUACAACAACGGCUACUACUACCCGCCGCCUCAGCAGCACUACCUACAACACCCGGCACUCCCCCCGCGGCCGGUAAGUGCAGGGCCACCCGGCGCUUCAAAUUCGAGUUCGCGGUGGCAAAGGCCCCGACCAGGAGGAGGCGCUACUAACAGCGGCUACCACCACGGCAGUAGCGAUAACCACAUCGGCACCGGCAACAGCAGCGGAAAUGGCCACAGAAAGUCCAGUGCAUUCUUGAGCAACCCGGCGGCCAGUGUCAGCGGGUUCUUUUCGUCGUCCUCGUCCGCCAACCGGAACCGGUCUUCGUCGGCUGCUUCGGGUGACGAACGCAGCCGUAUUCAGAAGAAGAGGAGUGUGCAUUUCUAA